AAACACCGGGUGGGUAGCAACGUUCGCGAAAACGUGCCACGGAGAAACACGUUCAGUUGUCUCUUCUUCGUAGAUGCGGCAUAACCGCCGCCUCUUCGAAUCCUCUAGAGGGCAAACAGGGAAGCGUCCGAUACUUCAAUUCCUGUUUUAUGGCCCCCAUACCCCUAGCGCCGCGACCACCGGACAGUCACGGCCCAUCAUAGUAUUUUGUGUAGAUUCUACGCGCAGCCGCCAAAACACAAGCCCGAUCUGGGACAAUCCCCGCGGAGUGCUCAACGAACAAGUCCAAGAAGGAUCCCCGUCGCUGUUAACCUCAAAAGAGCACAAGAGAUUUACCGCGUCAUGGAAUGACCAGGACAAGUUCGACACUAGAAAAUUCUUGCUACCAACGCAGCAUUCUACGCCCUCAUUGUCGGGCAAUUCCUCUUCGAAAGCGUGCGGAACGAACGAUGACCACAAGGAGAUGCUAUCCCACGUGGAUGUUUGGGAAGGUGCUUCGAAGACUAUGCCAAGGAUAUUCUGCGGGAUAUUCACUCACAAGAAAAACCACUUCACGAAAGUGAAGGCGAUCAAGGAGACAUGGGCGGCCAACUGUGACGGUUUUGUGGCCUUCAGUGACGCUGCUGACCCCGACCUCCACACGUUUCAGAUCGAGCACGAGGGUCCAGAAGAGUAUGACAACAUGUGGCAGAAGAGCAGAGCAAUCUGGAAGUAUAUUAACUUCCACUACAAGAACGAUUUCGAUUGGUUUCUUCUUGGUGGCGACGACCUCUUCGUCAUCGUGGAGAAUCUGCGCAAGUACUUGCUAUCAGACGAUAUCAUGCGCGCGGCUGGUGGGCGGAUAAACGGAGGCCCAAACCCCAUGUACCUGGGAAGGCGUCUACGGCCCUUCAACGACGAUGAAUGGAUAUUCAACAGCGGUGGGGCGUCGUACGUGUUGAACCAAGCGUCCGUCCGGCUGUUGGCGAGCUACUUGGACGAGGAUGCCUGCCAGCCACAUAAAAAGACCUCGUGGGAAGAUGUCAUGGUCGCGAUGUGCUUGAAGAAGAACGGCGUGGUAGCAUUCGACACGCGGGAUGAAUCUGGGCGUGAGCGCUUUCAUCCCUAUACUCCGGCGGUCCACUUUGGGUAUCGCAUGCCGAUGAGACCGGAGGAUCGCUUUGUAUCGGGAAUUGUGGUUGGUGACUGGUACAUAAGCAUGGCGAUUGACCUGGUUUUCGGCCUUGAGGGCUGCUCGAGCGACUCACUCAGCUUUCACUACGUUGAUGAAGAUCUCAUGAGGCGGCUCUACCAUUUAGUCUACUCGUGCGACAGAGACCCGGCAGAUGCUGUAGUCCAAGCACCACAUUUGUAG